AUGAACAUGUUAAAGGAGAAACAACGCGGUCAGGUUAAUUAUCUAGUGCAUAAAAACUUUUGUCCCGAAGUUAAGAUUCCAUUCGCUGGUGAAAAAUCUGAAUUUAAAACUAUUGAAUUGGACAUUUGGAAAAAAUGUCAAGCGCUUAUGCAAUAUGUCUCUUCGCCGAAAAGAGAACAAUUGUCAGAUGAUGAAUGGAUUAUUAAUUUGGAUUUUGAUACCGUGAAUUCAUUUUUUGAGCCAGAGAGAUAUGAAAGUCGAUUGAAAAUAGCAAUUCCACCCAGUCCAGCAGCUGCAAUUGAAAAAGUUGGCAAAGAUCGAAUUCAUAAGUUCUGUUUGAUGGUCAGCAAAGAAACAGAGGUGGAUGUAAACAAAGAGAUUAGCCAUCAACAUCACCAGCUAACCCAGAUGAUGGUGAAAAAAUUGGGUAGUUUCACAAUUGAUUUGCCUGACGUUUAUUUAGGACUUGCUCGCUCUGUUCUGGUAUCAUUGCGUUUCGCAUCUAUGGAAAAUACUGUCGUAACAGCAAAGCAUGAAACUAAUGGUGAUGUUUAUCGUACAACAUUCUCUAAUGAGGAAUAG